ACUAUAUCUUCACAUUACACUAACUCCAUUUUCAUUUUCUCACUAAUUACCUAACACUAAAAUGAACAAUCAACACAUCUUCUUUUCUUUAUUAAUCACUCUCUUUUUCCAUAACACUCACUUUCCAGUCUCGGCUCGUAUGUUCCCAGAUCCAUCAUCUAUUCCGGGGUGGCUCUCCAGCCACGCGCCGCCUGGCGUUUGGGACUCGUACCGGAACUUCACCGGCUGCCAGCGUGGCAAAACAUACGAAGGCCUAUCCAAAAUCAAAGACUACUUCCACCACUUCGGGUACAUCCCCAACGCACCGCCGUCCAACUUCACUGACGACUUCGACGAGGCGCUGGAGGCUGCCGUCAAAAUCUACCAGAAGAAUUUCAACCUCAACGUCACCGGCGAGCUCGACGACGCAACUCUUAGCCAGAUCGUCCGGCCACGGUGCGGCAUCGCCGACAUCAUCAACGGCACGACGGCAAUGAACUCGGGCAAGUCCGACACCAACACGACCGCCACAAGCAGCACGAAGCUGAAAUUCCACACCGUCGGACACUACACGUUCUUCGACGGGAAGCCGCGGUGGCCGGAGGGAACGACGGAACUGACCUACGCGUUCGAUCCAGGCAACAACCUCGAAGACGUUGUUAAGAACGUUUUCGCCAGAGCAUUUUCGCGUUGGUCGGAGGUAACGACAAUAAACUUCAAUGAAACGACGUCGUUUUCAGACGCCGACGUGAAGAUAGGGUUUUACACGGGGAACCACGGAGACGGAGAACCGUUCGACGGCGUUCUUGGAACUUUGGCGCACGCGUUCUCUCCAACGGACGGGAGGUUCCACCUUGACGGUGCGGAGGACUGGGUUGCCUCCGGCGAUGUGACGACGGCGUCGCUGUCGACGGCGGUGGAUCUUGAAUCUGUUGCGGUGCAUGAAAUAGGGCACUUGUUAGGGUUGGGUCACACUUCUGUGAAAGAAGCUAUAAUGUACCCUACGAUAACUGCGAAAACGAGGAAGGUGGAGCUUAAGGAUGAUGACAUUGCUGGUGUUCAGAACCUUUAUGGUUCAAAUCCUCACUAUACUGGUACGACUACCAUUUCUUCGCGUGAGACCAGCAAUGGCGGAAUGCACGUGGGGUCCAUGUGGGGUUUGGUGAUUCUAUUGGUCGUUGGGGUUGCACAUUUGGUUUUGUAAUUUGUAGACACACCUAUUUUUGUAUUUUUAUUUUUAAAUUAGUUAGGUAGGUGUAGCCGUGUAGGGUAGAGUUUAAGUAUUUAACUAUUUAUACGGGUAUACAGAUUCGCAUACAGUUUUUUUUUUUUGCUGGUAUACACAGACUAUACUUGCCUUUGUAUGAUUGACAUAUACUCCACAUUCUUUGUGUG